AUGGACGUGCCAAGAUCAAGAGCAGCCUCUGGCAGCUCAGCUACACCUUCAGUUGGCGGCGUCGGCAAUCCAGGAGCAUCGACAUCUCACAGCAGCUCGUCUCAUAUGGGUCCAGGAUCUCGUGCACGUCGAGAACGAGAGAAGAGUGGUCGUCCCAAAGAUAAGCACAUCCUCGCUUUGCGAUCGAUACGUGACUUUCUCCGUGGACGAAGUAGCUAUGACGUGCUUCCUGUCAGUUUUCGUUUGAUCGUGAUCGACACCAAGUUGGUCGUCAAGCCCGCUCUCGAUGUGAUGUGGCAAGCUGGUGUGGUGUCUGCUCCUCUUUGGCAGUCGACUCCACCAGAGCUGCUGGGAAACUCCUCAACUGGAGAUACACCAGCCAAGACCGAGGAGUCAGCCCAAGCUUCAGAGUCAAAAUCAUCAUCACAAUUGCAACCACCGGCAGAAGGAGAGGCAGCACCAGCUGAAGGACGUGUCAGUCCAACAAGCCAAAAAACAGAUCCGAUCUCAGGAGCACCCACCAAAACCCAAGAGAAGGCGAAAGCACAUCAGUUUUCAGGCUUCGCAGGCAUGCUCACCGUCAACGACAUCAUCCAUCUCAUUCAGUACUACUACCGUUAUUCGAGUUACGACUCAGCUGCGCAAGAUGUUGAGAAGUUCCGACUGGAAAGGUUGCGCGAUAUCGAACAGGCACUCAACGUUCCACCACCACCCUUGCUAUCCGUACAUCCGCUUCGACCGUUGUUCGAUGCGUGUCGGUUACUCAUUAAGACACAUGCCCGACGUUUGCCUUUGUUGGAUUACGAUGAACAGACGGGUAUGGAGACGGUGGUGUCGGUGUUGACACAGUACCGUGUGCUCAAGUUCAUUGCGAUGAAUUGUAGGGAAACGUCGGCACUUUGGAGGAGUCUACGACAGCUGAAUAUCGGUACCUAUUGUGCGCACUACAAGGCGGCAAGAGGCAGUGCAUCGGCCAACACUUCUCAUCGUGGGUCAGAUGCAAGCGAGCCUGGUAUUCUCAAAUCAGAGCAUGGCCAGACGCUUAAUAUGAGCCAAUUUGCUUCUGAAUCCGUCACAACUACGGAGGAAGAAGGUGAAGCUGGGAGAAGGCAGUCAGAUGCAUCUAAGGCAUCGAACGCAUCUUUAUCUGCUUCCCGUACCGCUGCUACCACUCUACCUUGCGCCCCUGGAGAGGCUGAAAACCGUUACGCUCCCAUCGCUACAGCUACACUGGACACAACAGUGUUCGACGUAGUCCACAUGUUCUCCGAACGCGGCAUUUCAGCAGUCCCCAUCCUGGACGAAGAUGGUAAUGUAGUCGACCUGUACGAGACGGUGGAUGUUAUUACUCUAGUUCGUACAGGUGCCUACACUUCGCUGGAUUUGACUAUUCGUCAGGCUUUGGAAAGAAGAGCGCCUGAUUUCUCUGGAGUUUGGACAUGUUCGCCGGAUGAUAGCCUUGCGUCUAUCUUUGCGCUUUUGCGUAAGAGACGUGUUCAUCGUUUGCUCGUCCUCGAACCCGAACCCUUGCCGCUACGCAGAGACUCGUUCAAGGCUGAUAAGACUGCACCGUUGGAAGAACUCGACAGCUACAUGGAUGAUCUGGUCGAGCAAGAGAAGAAGAGGGGCCAGGAGGAUAGGGAAACAUGGCUCAAUGACCCCAAAGUAGAACUUGAGCAAAGGCUCGAGAAGGGCGAUCCGGUGCGCAAGACAAGGGGAAGAUUGGUGGGAAUUGUCUGUUUGAGUGAUAUCUUGAGGUAUGUGAUUGGUGCAAGUGCUGAUCAAGGGAAGGAUGGAGUUGGGGCGGGUGCGGGUAUAAGGAGUAGGCGGACAAGUGUAGCUAGUAGUGCUCCUAGUCAUUAA